CCUCGGUGCGCUCCCCAGCGGCGGCGGCGCUCUCCCCCUGCGGCCAUGUCGGGGGGCGGUGGGUCGCGCUAUGCGGCCGAGUUCGUGCCCCCGCCCGAGUGCCCCGUGUUUGAGCCCAGCUGGGAGGAGUUCAGCGACCCGCUCGGCUUCAUCGGCCGCAUCCGCGGCCUGGCCGAGAAAACCGGCAUCUGCAAGAUCCGGCCCCCCAAGGACUGGCAGCCUCCAUUUGCAUGUGAAGUACAAAGUUUUCGUUUCACUCCACGAAUUCAGCGCCUGAAUGAAUUGGAGGCAAUGACAAGAGUGAAGCUGGACUUCUUGGAUCAGUUAGCAAAAUUCUGGGAACUCCAAGGAUCCAAUUUAAAAAUCCCUGUGGUGGAGAGAAAAAUACUGGAUCUCUACAGUCUGAGCAAGAUUGUUGCCAGCAAAGGAGGCUUUGAAGUAGUCACUAAAGAGAAGAAAUGGUCUAAAGUAGCAAGUCGGCUUGGCUACCUGCCAGGAAAAGGCACAGGGUCGUUACUGAAGUCUCACUACGAACGGAUCUUAUACCCCUAUGAGCUCUUCCAGUCUGGGGUCAGCCUUAUGGGCAUCCAAAAGCCAAACUUGGACCUUAAGGAAAAAGUGGAGGCUGAGGACCUCAGCUCAGAUGCCCAGGCUUCCCCAAAGCAGGCUUCAAGAAUGAAUGUUGUGCUGAAGAGAACCAGGCGUGUCAAAUCCCAGGCGGAGGCAGGAGAAAUGAGUAGAAAUACUGAACUAAAGAAGCUGCAGAUCUUUGGAGCUGGACCCAAGAUGAUGGGACUGGCACUGGGAGCAAAGGAUAAAGAGGACGAGGUGACACGAAGACGCAAGGGAACCAGAUCAGAAGCAUUUGGAAUGCAGAUGAGGCAACGCAAAGGAACUCUUUCUGUCAACUUCGUUGAUCUGUAUGUUUGCUUAUUCUGUGGCAGAGGAAAUAACGAGGACAAACUGCUUCUGUGUGAUGGAUGUGAUGACAGCUAUCACACUUUUUGCUUGAUUCCUCCUUUACCUGAUGUACCCAAGGGUGACUGGAGGUGUCCGAAGUGUGUUGCUGAGGAAUGCAACAAACCCCGUGAGGCCUUUGGAUUUGAACAAGCUGUCAGGGAAUAUACUCUCCAGAGCUUUGGUGAAAUGGCUGAUAACUUCAAGUCUGAUUAUUUCAACAUGCCAGUCCAUAUGGUUCCCACUGAGCUUGUAGAAAAAGAAUUCUGGCGAUUGGUGAGCAGCAUAGAAGAAGACGUCAUUGUGGAAUAUGGGGCUGAUAUCUCAUCCAAGGACUUUGGAAGUGGCUUCCCAGUGAAGGAUGGCCGACGAAAGCUGAUGCCAGAGGAGGAGGAUUAUGCGCUUUCUGGUUGGAACUUGAAUAACAUGCCAAUUCUAGAACAAUCAGUCCUUGCUCACAUCAAUGCAGAUAUCUCUGGCAUGAAGGUACCUUGGCUGUAUGUAGGGAUGUGCUUCUCCUCAUUUUGCUGGCAUAUUGAAGAUCACUGGAGCUAUUCCAUCAACUACCUGCACUGGGGAGAGCCAAAGACAUGGUAUGGCGUGCCCUCUCAUGCGGCAGAGCAGCUAGAAGAUGUGAUGAAGGAAUUGGCUCCUGAGCUAUUUGAAUCCCAGCCUGAUCUCCUGCAUCAGCUGGUCACUAUUAUGAACCCCAAUGUGCUGAUGGAACAUGGUGUACCAGUAUACAGGACCAAUCAGUGUGCUGGGGAAUUUGUUGUGACCUUUCCUCGUGCCUAUCACUCUGGAUUUAACCAGGGAUAUAAUUUUGCUGAAGCUGUGAACUUCUGCACUGCUGACUGGCUUCCUAUUGGACGUCAGUGUGUGAGCCAUUACCGAAGGCUAGGACGUCAUUGUGUUUUCUCCCAUGAAGAGCUGAUCUUCAAGAUGGCUGCAGAUCCAGAGUGCUUGGAUGUUGGGCUGGCUGCCAUGGUCUGCAAGGAGAUGACUCUAAUGAUAGAGGAGGAGACACGGUUAAGGGAGUCUGUUGUACAGAUGGGAGUGUUGAUGUCUGAAGAAGAGGUGUUUGAACUGGUUCCAGAUGAUGAGCGUCAGUGCACAGCUUGCAGAACCACGUGCUUCUUGUCAGCUCUUACAUGUUCCUGUAAUCCUGAGCGUCUUGUAUGCUUAUACCAUCCAUCUGAUUUAUGUCCAUGUCCCAUGCAGAAGAAGUGUCUAAGGUACCGGUACCCACUAGAAGACCUUCCUUCUUUGCUGUAUGGAGUGAAAGUUAGAGCACAGUCUUAUGACACUUGGGUCAGUAGAGUUACAGAGGCUCUGUCUGCCAAUCUCAACCACAAGAAAGAUGUGAUUGAGCUGAGGGUAAUGUUGGAGGAUGCUGAAGACAGGAAAUAUCCAGAGAAUGAUCUUUUCCGCAGGCUCAGAGAUGCUGUGAAAGAAGCAGAGACCUGUGCUUCAGUAGCACAGCUGCUUCUGAGCAAAAAGCAAAAACACAGCAGACAGAGCCAAGAUAGUGGAAGGACACGGACCAAGCUAACUAUGGAGGAGCUUAAAGCAUUUGUACAGCAGUUGUUUAGCUUGCCCUGUGUUAUCAGCCAGGCCCGACAAGUAAAGAAUCUGCUUGAUGAUGUGGAAGAAUUUCAUGAGCGUGCUCAAGAAGCUAUGAUGGAUGAGAUCCCAGACUCUUCCAAGCUGCAGGAGCUGAUAGACAUGGGCUCUGGCCUUUAUGUAGAACUUCCUGAACUGCCAAGGUUGAAGCAAGAACUGCAGCAGGCACGGUGGCUGGAUGAGGUGAGGUCCACCCUCUUGGAUCCCCAGAGGGUCACCCUAGAUGUGAUGAAGAAGCUGAUUGACUCAGGUGUGGGCUUGGCACCACACCAUGCUGUAGAGAAAGCCAUGGCUGAGCUGCAGGAGCUGCUUACAGUCUCAGAGAGGUGGGAGGAGAAGGCCAAGGUCUGCCUCCAGGCCAGACCACGCCAAAGCAUGAUGGCUCUGGAGGGCAUCGUGAAUGAAGCAAAGAACAUCCCUGCUUACCUGCCCAAUGUGCUGGCACUGAAAGAAGCCCUGCAGCGGGCUAGAGACUGGACAGCCAAAGUGGAGGCCAUUCAGAAUGGGAGCAACUAUGCCUACUUGGAGCAACUGGAGAGCUUGUCUGCCAAAGGUCGACCAAUACCAGUGCGUCUUGAUGCCCUGCCACAGCUGGAGUCGCAAGUAGCUGCAGCACGUGGCUGGAGAGAGCGCACAGGAAGGACCUUCCUGAAGAAGAACUCAAGCUACAGUCUGUUACAGGUUCUGAGCCCUCGGACUGAUAUUGGUGUUUAUGGGAGCAGUAAGAAUAGGCGGAAGAGGGCAAAGGAAUUGAUGGAGAAGGAAAAGGAGAAAGAUCUUGACUUGGAAUCCCUAAGUGAACUGGAAGAUGGGCUGGAGGAGGCCAGGGACACUGCAGCUGUGGUGGCUAUAUUCAAGGAACGGGAACAGAAGGAGAUUGAAGCCAUGCAUGCUCUCAGGGCAGCUAACCUGGCCAAGAUGACUAUGGUGGAUCGGAUCGAAGAAGUCAAAUUCUGUAUCUGCCGCAAAACAGCUAGUGGAUUCAUGCUACAGUGUGAGCUGUGCAAAGACUGGUUUCAUAGUGGAUGCGUGCCCCUUCCCAAAACAAGUUCUCAGAAGAAGGGCUCUAGUUGGCAGGCCAAAGAAGUAAAGUUUCUGUGUCCACUUUGCAUGCGUUCUCGAAGGCCACGGCUUGAGACAAUACUGUCUCUGCUGGUGUCCCUGCAGAAGCUGCCUGUACGGCUGCCAGAAGGGGAGGCAUUGCAGUGCUUGACAGAACGUGCCAUGAGUUGGCAGGACCGAGCACGGCAGGCUUUGGCCACUGACGAGUUGUCCUCUGCUUUGGCUAAGCUUUCUGUGCUCAGCCAGCGAAUGGUGGAGCAGGCAGCACGGGAGAAGACGGAGAAAAUAAUCAGUGCAGAGCUCCAGAAAGCAGCAGCUAACCCAGACCUGCAGGGACACUUGACUAGUUUCCAGCAAUCGGCCUUUAACAGAGUGAUAGGGAGUGUGUCCUCAUCCCCACGGCAGACUUUAGAUUAUGAUGAUGAAGAGACAGACUCUGAUGAAGACAUCAGGGAAACGUAUGGCUACGACAUAAAGGACAAUGCCAGUGUAAAAUCUUCUAGCAGCUUGGAGCCCAAUUUGUUUUGUGAUGAGGAAAUCCCCAUUAAAUCAGAGGAAGUGGUGACACACAUGUGGACUGCUCCCUCAUUCUGUGCCGAACAUGCGUAUUCGUCUGCUUCUAAAAGCUGCUCUCAAGGUUCUAGCACUCCAAGGAAGCAGCCUCGGAAGAGUCCACUGGUACCUCGCAGUUUGGAGCCCCCUGUAUUGGAGCUGUCACCUGGAGCGAAAGCUCAGCUAGAAGAUCUGAUGAUGGUAGGAGAUCUACUAGAGGUAUCACUGGACGAGACGCAGCACAUCUGGCGGAUUUUACAGGCUACUCAUCCACCCUCUGAGGAUAGAUUCCUUCAUGUCAUGGAGGAUGACAGCAUGGAUGAGAAACCACUGAAAAUGAGAGGGAGAGACUCUUCUGAGAGGAAGCGGAAACGAAAGCUGGAGAGAGCAGAGCAGUUCUUUGGAGAUAUGAAGCAAAAAUCUAAAGAGCUGAAAAAACUGGAAAAACCCAAGAAAAAGAAGCUAAAACUCACCAUGGAUAAGACAAAGGAGCUAAACAAGCUAGCAAAGAAACUAGCUAAGGAAGAGGAGCGAAAGAAGAAGCGAGAGAAGACAGUUGUCACAAAGGUGGAACUAGCAAAGGAGAGCACAGAGAAAAAAAGAGAGAAGAAGGUUCUAGAUAUUCCUUCUAAGUAUGACUGGUCAGGAGCGGAAGAGUCGGAUGAUGAGAAUGCUGUAUGUGCUGCACAGAACUGCCAGAGGCCCUGCAAGGACAAAGUGGAUUGGGUGCAGUGUGAUGGUGGCUGCGAUGAGUGGUUUCAUCAAGUUUGUGUUGGUGUCUCUCCAGAAAUGGCUGAGAAUGAGGAUUACAUCUGUAUAAACUGUGCAAAGAAGCCAAUGCAGGGACCAAGUAGCCCUGCUCAUGCACCACCUCCUCCAUUCUUAUUGAGCUACAAACUACCAAUGGAAGAUCUUAAGGAGACAAGUUAGCAACUACUCGAUGUUUGGAACUUUUUGGGAAACGGACCACUGAAACCCUUCAGAAAGAGAGGGUUUGAAGCUAAUGUAGCCACUGAGCUUCACUUCCAAGGAUGUACAGACCUGCAGCAGAGUUGGUCCCUUCCUUACAGCUGGCUUCCUUCAUACAAUGAGGACGUCAAGGCACAGUGGUACCAACUCAUCUAUGCAGCCACCACCUGAUUAGGAGUUCCAGCUAGUGUUUUCUGACUCGAGUAUUUCCAUCUUUGAGUGUGGCUGUUGCUCUUGGAGACUGAGCAAACCCAAGGCUGUUAGAUUAGACACUUCAGGGUGUUAGAAGUACAUGUUGGCAGUGGAGCUGGCCUGGAAUUGGUGGGCAUAGGCUGGAGCUUUUAGGCCUACCAGGUUACCCUAAGGAGGUGACUUUGUAAGUUAUCUUUUGCCUCCCCAUGCCAACCCAUGAGUAGGGCAAUGUCUUGGGAGAGUUAAGUUGCCUCCAUAUCCAGGCAGCUAACACUACACUAUAAGGAUGGGAGCAAGUGGAUGAAUUUCUUUUAAUUUCUCUUUUGUAGCUAAAGGGCAGAGGAGCUCAUGAUCUCAGAAAUCAGCAAAGGUUCUGUUUACCAAAAAAGAAACCCAACUCUACUCCACUAGGCAAAAUUUUUUCCUUAGUGGGGAACAGCUGAUCUUCCUGUCCUGAGGAGGGCCAGAAAACCUUGAUGAAGAUGUCUAGCUAGACCAGAGCUUGGGAAAAGCAGAGUGCUUCCCUUUCCACAGGGCUGCCCUCUCCUGUUCUAGGCUUUGCUUAGAAUUCUGCACUCCUGCACAUUAAAGUUGUCUCACGCAGGAUGGAGCUGGCAAGGAGGUACAGCACCCAGGGCACCAGCUUCUGUGAUCUGUACCCAGGGAUGGGAAGGAAAGAAGACAGCCCACUUACCUCAGAGGUUACACUGACAUGUGCUUCUGUGAAAAGUUUCACUCACAACUAUUUCCAGUAUCACCAGGCUACGGGCAUGGCCUCAAGCGAUACCAGCAAGCAGUCUGCAGAUACUGUUCGCAGCGCAAAUCCCCCUCCCUGCUGGCUUUGCUGGAUGUGUACCAGUGUACAAUCAGCAACAGUUCUUGUUUGAAGUUGCCCCUGGCUUUGCCAGAGGACCAGAGGGCUUGGGGUCAUCCUGGGUGACAGUUGUUUUAGUAAAUCCAUUUUUAAAGAAGGACUUGUUUUUACUUUUUUCUAAAUGUCUCAGACUACUGACUUGUUCUAUAAAUAGAUUAUUUUUCUUUGAUUUUUUUAUACUUACCACUGUUAACCAGCAGCACAGACAGAGGUUCACAAAGCAAAAACCUGCCCGUGGGCUUGGGUUUUUUUACUCCAUUCCUUCCUUGUAGUACAAGGAAUUAGCAGUUACCUUCCCCAUUCUAGCUUGACCAGCUGCCUGUGUUUAAAUAGGUAAAUACAUUUCAUGUGCUACCUUUGUGUUUGGGUUUGUUCCUAUUAGUGGGGCAUCUGGGCCUUAAUGACUCCAGUGGAUGCUGGCUUUGUGUAUGUGAAUGUCUGAAGCCAGCCACUGGGCUGUCUUGUCCCCCUCUCCACUCGCUCCCUAUUGUGUUUCCAUUCUUCUGCAGUUCUAGGAGUGUUGUAAGUAGUGUCCAGUCUUACUAGGAGCUGGAUUGGGAUUUAAAGAAACAUUGACAAAAACAAAAGUGUUCUGUCUUGACUGUUCUGUGUCCCUUCUCUUGUUCUCUAAUAUUUGGAAGUUUAUUUAUCUGGCAGAAUUAUCCAUCCAAAAAAAAAUUCAGCUCAGGUAGACGAACUUUAUUGGUUUGUUUUAUUUGUGCCUGCUACCUGGGAAGAGGAAGAUGUGCAAAAGAAAAAGAACUAAGAUGGAGGGCAGAAGAUACAGGGUCUUGGGAGCUUUGAGUGCAAAUUGGGCACAGACUUCUAAUUCCUGCUCCUUAAGACUGAUAUGGUGUUAAAAGCAAAAGCAAGCUGUGGUUAAGCAUGUGGCUGAACGGGCACCCUAGCAAACUUAAGAGUAUUAUUUGUUUACUUAUUUAUGAAGGAGUCUAUGCUAUAGCUAGACGUACCCUCCUUUUGCCUCCAGUUACAUUUUUUUUCUUCUCAAUGUAUGCUUAGUUUUGGUAAACUGGUUUAAACAGAUGUUACUUUCCUUCAAGCUUUAACUGAUGGUACUACAUAAAUGUUUCCCUAUAUGGAGUGGAUAGACUAUCUGUCACAGAUGUUUUAAUCGUUCCAGAAGUAGACUAGUACAAGAUUUCUUAAAGAAUCCCAGUGUUCUGUAUUCUUUCCUGACUCCUAGAAUCGUGACACAACAGGGAAAAUAUGGUUAGCACAUCUUGUUAGCCACUGAGCAUAUCCUCUUAACCAUUCCUACAUUCUCUGUUGUGAUAAAGUCAUUGUUAUAUGUAAUUACCAUCAACUGGAAAAGAGAUCUUUUAGUAAAUCUGCAUUGAAUGUUCCUGUUUCUCUGAGUAGAAGGUGUGGUGGAGAAUGUUAACAGCAGCACUAGUUGGAAGGAGAAGGAAACAAACAGCUAUACGAUGGCAAUGGUCAAUCAUUCUGCUUAUAACAAGCAUAGAAAAGAGUAAACAACAGAAAAAUGUGCAAAUUAUGUGCAAAAGGUCACAUUUUUAGUAGCUCUUUUUCAUAUUAUCAAAUGGAGAGGCUCUUUAUUACACUGUCGAAAGGAGGUUGCCACACUUUCUAGUUACGGAUGUCUCAUCUGCUUUUGGGUAAGGUGUUCAUAAACAGAAGACCAUUAUUAGCUUUACAUCUUACUGUUUAAGCUUAUUUUUUAAGAGCAUAAUUCCUAUCAAAUGAUUGCUAAUAGUAUGAACUUACAAAUAAAUGUUAACUUUUGGAAAAAUCUGUAGAUAUGUAGUUAGUGGUUGAAAAACCUAAAGCUACAGCUGUGGUAUUGUCUCCAGAUCUUAGGGUUUUGAAUUUUUAUAAGAAUCAUAUGCAAAGAAGCAAGCAAGUUAAGCUAAGGAAUUAAUUUUCUUAUGGGUCUGCUACAGCUGUAGGAAAAAAUCUCUCAAGCUUUGGGGACAAAGUCUCAGUAUGCACAAAAUCUUAGCUCGUGUGUAUCUAGAAAGGUACAUGUCUCAAUGCUAUAUUCUACAAAGGAUACUAGCCACUCUUCAUGUUAUUUCUCUUCCUGUGUCUGACAUAAAAGGUCAAAGAAAUUACCUGAGCUGUUGUGAGGAACUAAAAAUGGCCAAGACUUGAGUUGUGUAUCUUAUCCAAACCAUGAGGUUUCAAGCGGGUUUUUUUUGAGAAUGAGGGCCUGGAAUUGGGUAGCUUUACUUGCAUAGAGAUAAACGUCACUCCUGAACUUCAGUAUCGUUACAUUUAGGAUUUAUGCUUUUGACAGAUCGUCUGUAGCUGAAUGCUUGUACAGCCUGGACUAUUUGAUAAUGAGGGCUUAAGGUAAGACUGAUGAUAUUAUGGAAAUUAUUUUAAGUUAUUUGACUACAGUCACACAGCAUAAGAUAACAAAUAGAUGUCUGUGUGGUUGUUAGCCACGCUGUGAAAUUUGUAUUGAUCUUUUCAGUUUUUAGAAUCAUAGAGUAAUUUAGGUUGGGGGGACUUCUGGAGGUCAUCUGGGUCAACCUCCUGACCAAAGCAGGGCUGACUUUGAAAGUAGGUCAAGUUUUUCAGGACUGUGUCCAGUCAAGUUUUAAGUAUUUCCAGGGAUGGGCAUUCAACAACCUCUCUGGCUUCCUGUUCCAGUUUUGUAGCAUCUUCAGUGCAAACUUUGGUCUAAUGUACAGUCAGAGAUUCACUUGCUGUAGCUUGCCUGUUGCUUCUUGAAGAGUCUGGCUCCGUAUUUGCUGUAACCAUCCAUUAGGUGGUUGAAGACUGCAGGUCCUGCAGCCUUAAUUUCCAAGCUGAACAAACCCAGCUUACCUUCCCUUGAGCCAUGUCAUGAGCUGCAGCCUUCUAACAAUCUUGGUGGUCCUCAGCUGGACUUGUUGCACGUUUGUCAGUGUCUGAUUUUGUACUGAGGAGCCUAAAACUGGAUAUGUUACUCCAGAUGCAGCUUGCAAGUGUUGAAUACGGGGGAAAAAUAACUCCCUUUAAUGUGCUGGCUGUGCUUUUACUGUGCAGCCUGGUACAGGCUUGGCCUUUAUAGCUGCAAGGGGGCACAUAGCUGACUCCUACUCAUUGUGUCUGCUGUUAGCCCCAGGUCCCUUAGUUUAUUAUUUCUCAAGUGCAGGACUGAUGAACUUAAACUUUCCAUCAGCGUGUCACUCCAAGAUCUAACUGAAUGGGAGCCCUCUCCUCCCAUGUUUUGGAUUGCCCUGUUCCUGUCCCCCACCAACAUUGUUUGGUGUCAUCUGCAAAGUUGAGUGUGCUCUAUCCCAUAACCCAGGUGGGUAAGACUUAAAAUAGUAGUGUCCAGUACCAGCCCCUGAGGUACUGCACUUGCAGCUGGCCACCUUCUAGAUUUCAAAUCGUUGACUACUAAAGUCUGAGCACAGCAAUCCACCCCAUUUUUCACCCCCACUGUAGGCUGUCCAUCCACUCUGUAAGUGUCCUUUUGCUGUAAGUCAGGGUAAGCAUCCACUGCUCUCCCGUUGUCCGCAGGGUGCAUCACAGAAGGCAACCAGACUGGGCUAAGAUUAUAGUGAUGACUAUUACCAGUCACCUUAUCCCUCAUGGACCUGGAUGUGGCUUUGAGGAAGAUUUGUUCCAUAAUCUUCCCAGGGUCCAGGGUGAGGCUAGCUGCCCUGUAGUUCCCCUCACCCUCCUCGUUUUCUCCUCUUCGUUGAAUGGGCAUGAUGGGGCAUGAUGUGCAGAGGGGUUCAUCACAAUCCAUCAAGAAAACAAUCUUCCAUACAAUUUUCCUAGGCUUUGUUCAUCCUUGUGGCGUGUAAGAUUUGAAGGAAAAAAACAAUGUAUUUGAAUUAUUGUUUGUAAGAUGCAUGGAAAACUAAAUGUCAGAACCAAGCUUCUUCAAGUGCUGCUCAUACCUAAACUCCAUGUGGGCUAGUGAGCAAUUAUGUCAGUCCCAUACACGCAGAUACAAGUCUAAGCUGGUCAGGUUGAAUUCAAUGUGAUUGAUGCAUGGUCUGUACAGAGUUCUUCACACUGGAAGAAAGGCAUCAUAGGAAUGAGCAUGAACAGGGGCAUCUAAUCUUCUAGGAGAAAUGGAACAGUCUACAGCUUUGUUCGUUCAACAGUAGUCUGUUUAGUAGGCAGCCAUCCAAGGAUAGCUAUCACCUUUAUUUUGGGUUGUUCUAAUAACGGUUAUUAGAAUAAGCACAGCACAGAGUCGUAGCAAAGUAAUGUAAAAAGUAUUCAGGUAUUCAUCAAUUGCUUAUCAGAUGUGCCUUACUGUCAUUCUAGGUAAAUGUUGCAUACCCUUAAAAAUAAUGACUGGUUUAAAGAACCGCUGUAUGUUGGGAAUGAAGGAUUUGAAAAAGGUGGGAAAAGUUUCUUGAAAUAAUUCCUGAAAUCACUGUUAAUGCCUCUGUAAGAAGUUGAGAACUGUCAUCUGCUAAAAGCAAGAUUUGAGGCUUCCUUGAGUUAGAUGAAAAUGAAAAGCAGGGAACUCCUUCAAAUCCUCUCCAGCUGCAGUCACUAAGAAUGUGUUUGGUCAGCCUGCCUGAACCAAACAGGAACUCUGCUUGGACCACCGAGGCAGUGGGGAGAUGCAAUAAAUCCAGUCCUUAUCAAAAUUCUAGCCACGCUGGCUUUGGGAGGGUGAUAAAUGCAUAGGACAGCUGGAAACUGCACAGCAAGACACUGAGAGCAUUGAGCCUUAUGUAAUGAGAUGGCUUGGUACAAAUGAAUGUUAAGUUGCAAGGUAAAGGCAAUGAAAGUAGCAAGGAUUUAUUGAAAAACAGAAAUAUUUGUAAGGAGACAUGCUCUGAAUGCCUUUGAAACAAAAGUUCUGCUGCAGUGAAUAGUUUUAGUCCUAGAUGGGGCAUUGUGUCUCAAUUGGAGGCUUUUCAGAGACCAAUUUUUGGCAGUCUGUAUAUCACCCCCAACCCCUCAAAAAAAAAAAAAAAAAGCUGUUUAAAGCCAAGUGCCAGAGGGAACUGCUGUGGGUAUUAAUAUCUGAGGAGAGCAGCCAUCUCUGAACACGCAGGUCCUGAGGCCAUUGUCACUAGCCAGCCUGGCAUCUGCUUUUAAGGGAUGGGUGAUGUGCCAGCAGAUCGAACUGCUGCAUCUGUUUCCAGGUUGAUGCAGUCUGUGCUCAGUUUUGCAGCAACUCAAGUCACCCACCAGGCAAUGGGCACACUGUGUUGCUCUGUAGGGAAAUAAGGUGUUCGCUACUGCUGUUCUA